GCUUUAUUCAAAUUAGAAUUCAUACAUGAAGUUACAAGUUCCAAUAAGGUACACGUACAACUACGAAACGUAUCAUUUUUAAAUUACAAAAUACCUUAUAUAGGUUAAAUAUAGUAAUAUAUUUGUUAAUAUAUACAUUGUUUAAUAUUAUAAUCUUUAAUAUUACAUAUGCACUGCGAUAUAUUUUUUACUAUUUCUUAAUAUUUCGAGUAUGGUAUAUAUGACAGAUUAUCAAGAAACCAAACAAAUCGAAAAUGAAAGUGAAGAUGCUAUUCGUGAUGAAAAAUCUGAAACUAUAAAUAACUUAAUAUGUGCGCCUAGUAUUAUAGACCUUUCGUGGAAUAUAAUGCAAUCUGGAAUGAUUGAGAAAAUACCAGAGAAAUACACAAUCAAUAUUUUUGAGUAAGAUAUUACAUAUUUUAUCAUGAAAUGAAAUGUUUGCAUAUAUAUAUAUAUAUAUAUGUAUAUGUAUUGUUCUCUACCAUGCCUAUGUCUGACAUUUCCUAUGCGCGCGCUUGUGGGCAUGUAAAUGCAAUUUAUAUAUUCUAAAUUGCAGAAAUGAAAAGAAAGAGCCAAUAGAUACAGAAGUAUGUUCUAAUGUCCAAAGAAACAUAUGUACAGAAGGAAAUUCUCAAACAACAUACUGUUUGCAUAAAGCAUUUUUGGAAAAGAUAAACAAAUCAUAUUUUUCGAUGUAAUUGAUAUGAACAGUUUAUGUAUAAACAUAAAAGAUUAAUAAUAUUAUUUAUAAAAUAAUAUCUUACAUUGAGAUAAUUAUUUGGUAAUGAUAAAGAACUAUAUUUAUAAUAUAUAUAAUACGUACAUGUAUAUAUUAGUAUGCAUAUUAUACAUAAGACUCACUAUAUAGUAACGCUUUUACAAAACGGAACAAAUGAUUUAUUUAUUCAUCUAAAGAAAAAGCGAUAUGUCUCUUUUAUAUAUUUUGUAUAUAUCUACCGAUAAAAAUAUUAUUCAUCAAAUACGUACCAUGAAAACCAUUUAACUUUUAUGUUUUGAUAAUAUCUCGAUACAUUUUAAAAUGUGACACCCUGUAUAAAUGAAACCAACUGCGAUUGGGCUGCCGCAGUUUAAAGCGAUUAUUUGAGUUCUAUCCUCAGUGAAGCGGUUUUUAAGCAAAAAUAAUCGCGGAGAGGAGCAAGUAAUUUCUAACAAACUAUUCUUUUUAAGAUAUAUUUCAAAACAUAAUUUUAUCAGCAAAUAUGGGAGAUGAAGUUAACCCCAAAGCGUAUCCUUUAGCAGACGCUACUUUGACUUCUAAAAUUUUGAAUUUAGUGCAACAAGCCAUGAAUUAUAAACAAUUAAGGAAAGGGGCUAAUGAAGCAACGAAAACAUUAAAUCGCGGCUUAUCAGAAUUUAUCGUAAUGGCUGCAGAUGCAGAACCUCUAGAAAUUUUGCUGCAUUUGCCAUUAUUGUGCGAAGACAAAAAUGUACCAUAUGUAUUUGUUAGAAGCAAACAAGCUCUAGGUCGUGCUUGUGGUGUAUCUAGGCCUGUUGUUGCUUGCUCUGUGACAGUUAAUGAAGGAUCACAAUUAAAACCACAGAUUCAAGCUAUACAACAAGAGAUUGAGCGUCUCUUAGUUUAAAUACUUUGUACCUGAUUCAGAAUCAUUCUUUUUAAAUUUAAAUGUAAUCAAACUAUCAUUUCUAUUUUUUACACAGAAUUUUGAAUAAUUUCAAAAGAUCGAGCCUUAUAUAUCUUUCAUGCAGUGAAAUUUAUGUAUAAGUUAUCUUUAUGACUGAAAAAAUGUUAAUUAAAAAGUAUUGAUAUUUUGUCUGUAUCACAAUCCAAAAUAAAUGUUUUUUAUCAUAUAUAAAA